CGUUGUUCACUCCUAUUAGGGCUCUCUAUCUCUCUCCCAAACCUCAAAAAUCUCAGAAGAAAUUUUCAAUGGCGGUUAUGAAACCCUAACCAGGUAUCUCUCUCUAAGGUUCUUCCUCAUAAUUAACUUUUAUUUUCAAAAAAUUAAACUCUUCACUCCUUAUUCCAAAAUUAAAUUUUCAUUCAAUAAUUUUUUAAAAAAUCGUCGAUUUAUUUAAUCUUUAUUCAUAACUUCUUUGAAAGGAUCUGCACGAGCCCUAGAUUACUCAAAACUCAAAAAACGAAGCCGAAUCGGUUUCUUAUUACGGAAAAAAAGUAGGUUUUCUGGAAACCCUAGGUGGCUGUUCGGAAACUAGUUUAAUCAAAUCCAGGUCUCGAUUCGAUCUAUAAUUAGGUCGAUCGAUCAAUGGAGCCUAAGGUACCGAGGCCUAGAGGUAGGCCGAGGAAACGUAGAAGACCGGAAGAAGAAAAUGAAAGUGCCGCUGGUGAUUCGAAAUCUAAUAAUUCCAAAACUAAAAGGCGGGCAUUGGUGACAAGAUCCAUGGCCCUCGUAGGUCGAUAUGUGUUGAAAGAAUUUGGGGAAAAUGUUUUUUUAGGGAAGAUUGUUUCCUAUGAUACAGGUUUGUAUAGAGUAGAUUAUGAGGAUGGUGAUUUUGAGGAUCUGGAAAGUGGGGAGCUUCGCGAAUUGAUUUUAGAAGAGUCAUAUUUUGAUGAUGAUUUGAGUAGAAGAAAAGUUAGAUUAGAUGAAUUAGUGUUAAGCAGGAUUGUAAAGAAGCAGAGUGAGUUGGAGGAGGAAAAGAAGAAAGUGGAAGUUUUGAAAAAUGAGGUUGACGGUGUGGAAACAUCGGCUUUAAGUGAGUUGAGUGGUGGAAUGACAGUCGAGAAUGAUGAUGGGGAGCAGCUUGAAGAUGAUGCGGAUUCUUCAAGUGAUUCCUGUGAGCAUGCACGCGAUAGAUAUUUGUCCUUGGAGGCUGAGGUGCCUGUUGUUCCACCCCCAAUGUUGCCUCCUUCUUCAGGAACAAUUGGUGUGCCAGAGCAGUGUGUUUCUCAUCUGUUUUCUGUGUAUGGUUUUUUAAGGUCGUUUAGCAUCAUUUUGUUUUUGAGCCCGUUUGGGUUGGAUGAUUUUGUGGGGUCUUUGAAUUUCUCGGGUCCAAACCCGUUAUUGGAUGCCAUUCAUGUUGCUUUGAUGCGGGCAUUGAGUUAUCAUUUUGAAACAGUCUCUUCAGAAGGCUUAGAGCUCGCAUCAAAAUGCUUGAGGUGCCUUGAUUGGAGCUUGCUCGAUACACUGACUUGGCCUGUUUAUUUGGUCCAGUAUUUUAUGGUAAUGGGAUAUGCUAGAGGACCUGAGUGGAAAGGAUUUUAUGAAGAUGUCUCUGAGAGAGAGUACUAUUCCUUGCCUGUGACCAGAAAGUUGAUGAUUCUACAACUCUUAUGUGAUGACGUAUUGGAAUAUGCAGAGCUGAGAGCUGAAAUUGACAUGCGUGAGGCAACAGAAGUGGGAACAGAUCCUGAUGCGGUUGUGAUUGAUCCUCCUGAAAAUGGGCCUAGAAGGGUUCAUCCUAGAUAUUCUAAAACUUCAGCAUGCAAGGAGAGAGAGGCAAUGGAGAUCAUUGCAGAAAGCCAUGAGGUCAAGUCAUCUUCUAGAACAUAUUCUUUGGGUUUCAGAAGUGCUGAAGGGAAUGCUGGUGUUGAUGCUGAUGUGGAUGGCAAUAGUGAUGAGUGCCGUCUUUGUGGCAUGGAUGGGACAUUACUUUGUUGUGAUGGGUGUCCAUCGGCAUAUCAUUCGAGAUGUAUAGGGGUCAUGAAAAUGUAUAUACCUGAAGGGCCCUGGUAUUGUCCAGAAUGUGCAAUUGAUAAAAUGGGACCAGCAAUUACAGUAAACACAUCCCUUAGAGGAGCAGAACUUUUUGGUGUUGAUUUAUAUGGGCAAGUCUUCUUGGGUAGUUGUAAUCACUUGCUGGUGCUUAAGGCUUCCCUUGACACUGAAUCAUAUCUCAGAUACUACAAUCUGAAUGACAUUCCAAAAGUCCUCCGGGCGCUUUUUUCAUCCAUUCAACAUAAAACAUUAUACUUUGAUAUAUGCAAAGCCAUUAUACACUAUUGGAAUAUCCCAGAAAAUCUAUUCUCUCCACUUGAAAUGGGUGGCAAUGUAGCAAAUAGAAAGGAAGAUGCAAAAAUUUCUAGUAGAUCACCUCUGCCUUCUGGAAAGGAAAGUCACAAAUUUUUGGAUUCAGUUGAUGCUGAGAAUGCAAUUAGUUUCAGUGGAAGCAAUGUGGGAGUUUCCUGUCCAGAUUCUUCUGUGGAUGCGAUGAACCAAACUGACCUUCCUGGUUCUCUGAGUAAUGUUGGGACAAUGGGAGGGAAGGAUCAUCCUCCAAUGAAUAAGAAGCUAUCUGAGCAAAUUUAUAUUGAGUCUGCCAUGUCUGCUGCUUCAGCUAGCCAGCAAGCUGCAUCUGAUGUUACCCACCAAAGCUUAGUUGACAGAUCAAGUGUGAUAGAUCAUCAUUCAUGUGCCUCAGGAGGAAACAGUAGUGACAGUUAUGGUGGACCAGCAAAUGGUAUCUAUUUUCACGCAAAUAUGUUCUGCCAGAGCAUAGCAGGAAAUCAUGUUGGUAUUGCAAGCAAUGCAAGAAAUUCAACAGUUGAUUACACAUACAAGGGGAUUUCUUUUAAACCACAUGUUUAUGUAAAUCACUAUAUUCAUGGGCAUUUUGCUGCUAUUGCAUCUGCUAAGCUGGCUGUUCUUUCAUCAGAGGAAAGUCAGGUUUCUGAGCUAAACAAAUCAGGCAGUGCCAGAAAAGUUGCAUCUACAAGUAACAUUUUCUUGCAAGUAAAAGCUUUCUCAUUGGCAGCCUCACGAUUUUUCUGGCCAAGUGCUGAAAAGAAGUUGUUGGAUGUUCCAAGGGAAAGGUGUGGCUGGUGUUAUUCUUGCAAGGCCCCUGCAUCAAGCAGGAGAGGAUGCAUGUUAAACUCUGCUGUCUCCACUGCCACUAGAAGUGCCAAUAAGAUCCUGAUGGGCCUUCCUAUUUUAAAGAAUGGAGAGGGUAGUCUUCCUAGUAUUGCGACAUAUAUUUUAUACAUGGAGGAGGGUUUACGUGGUUUUGUAACUGGCCCAUUCUUAAGCCCAAGUUAUCGGAAACAAUGGCGUUCAAAAAUGGAAGAAGCUUCAACAUGUAGUGCAAUAAAAGCCCUCUUGCUUGAACUUGAGGAAAACAUCUCCGUUAUUGCUCUUUCGGUGGACUGGAUCAAGCUAAUGGAUGAUUGGUUAGUAGAAUCUUCUGUGAUUCAAAGCACUUCAUCCACUGUGGGAUUGCUACAGAAACGUGGACCAGGUGGAAGGCGGCGUAGGAAACAGUCUGUUGCAUCUGAAGUUACAGCUGACGACUGUGACGAUAAAAGUUUUGAUUGGUGGCGUGGCGGGAAGUUAUCAACUCAUAUAUUCCAGAAAGCCAUUUUGCCUGGCUCAAUGGUUAGAAAAGCAGCACAACAAGGUGGCGUGAGAAAGAUUUCUGGUAUUAAUUAUGUUGAUGAUUCCGAGAUUCCUAAAAGAAGCAGACAAUUAAUUUGGAGAGCUGCGGUUGAAAGAAGUAAGAAUGCUGCGCAGCUUGCACUUCAGGUUAGAUACCUAGACCUUCAUGUGCGAUGGAAUGAUCUUGUACGUCCUGAGCAUAACAUUCCAGAUGGAAAAGGUACAGAGACAGAAGCAUCUGUUUUUAGAAAUGCAAUUAUCUGUGAUAGGAAAUCCGUAGAAAACAAGAUCCAAUAUGGAGUUGCUUUUGGAAAUCAAAAGCAUCUUCCUUCACGUGUCAUGAAGAACAUAAUUGACAUCGAGCAAACUGAAGACAGAAAGGAGAAAUAUUGGUUUCUUAUAACACACAUCCCUUUAUAUUUGAUCAAAGAAUAUGAGGAAAAAAUGAGUAAUGUGGUUUUGCCAUCAGUUAAGAAGGCUUCCAGUGAGUUAUCUGAGUUACAAAGAAGGCAGUUGAAAGCUUCCCGUAGGAAUAUAUUUGUUUAUCUGACAUCCAAGAGAGAUAAGUUGGAGAAGUGUUAUUGUGCUUCAUGUCAAAUGAAUGUUUUACUGAGGAAUGCAGUCAAGUGUGGGACUUGCCAAGGUUAUUGUCAUCACGACUGUACUUUAAGCUCAAUGCAUAUGAAUGGGAAAGUUGAGUGUUUGAUCAUUUGCAAGCAGUGUUACCAUGCCAAAGUUCUUGAUCAAAAUGAAAUCAGUACCAAGUCUCCUAUCAUUCCCUUGCCCUUGCAAGGGCGAGACUGUCUCAGUGCACCAGCAGUCACCAAGGGCAUGCAGGUUAAAAGUUCUGCUCAACCCAUAAAACCACUGGCCUCUAUCAGAAGUAAGGAGAAUUCAGUCAGAAUUCAGGAAAGAAGUUCUGAUACUAAGCAAUCUGCUUCUCUUUCUGGCUUAGCAACCAAGCGGAGUAAGUUGUGUAAUUGGGGGGUCAUAUGGAGGAAAAAGAACAGUGAUGAAACUGGAAUUGACUUCAGACGUGCAAACAUUCUCGCAAGGGGUGGUUCAGAUAACCACUUUUUGAAGCCUAUUUGUGAGCUGUGUGAACAACCCUAUAAUUCUGAUCUAAUGUAUGUUCACUGUGAAACUUGCAGAAAGUGGUACCAUGCUGAAGCUGUUGAACUUGAGGAGUCAAGGAUUUCUGAUUUGGUUGGAUUCAAAUGUUGCAAGUGUCGAAGGAUAAGAGGACCUGAGUGUCCUUACAUGGAUCCUGAGCUUAGAGAGCAAAAGCGCAAGAAACGAUUUGGAAAGCCUCAGAAACAGGGUCAAGGAAGUGUAGUAUUGGACUCUGAUUUUGGAACUAUUUCCAACGUUAAAGAGUGUAAACCCAUCACUCGUAACGUUUCUAUAGAGAAUGAGCUUGUACCAGCUAAUGAUCCUCUUCUUUUCUCCCUUUCAAAAGUUGAGCAAAUAACAGAGAACAAUUCAGAAGUGGAUGUUGAGUGGAAUACUGCUUCUGGCCCUGGGCUGCAGAAAUUACCUGUCAGAAGGCAUGUGAAGCGGGAAGACGUGGAUGGUCAUGCUGGGGGUGAUCCUGGACUUGUUGAAUUAUCAUCAUAUCCUGAACUUAGCAAUUAUACGGAGCCCAAGGAGGAUACAUCUCUUACUUUUGCAGAAUGGGAUGUUUCUGGCAAUGGCCUUGAAAGUGAGUUGCUAUUUGAUUAUGAAAGUCUUAACUAUGAGGAUAUGGAGUUUGAACCACAGACCUAUUUCUCUUUCACUGAGCUGCUAGCAUCUGAUGAUGGCGGUCAAGUUGAUGUACAUGAUGCAACGGGGGAUGGGUCAGGAAAUUUGGAGAAUGCAUCUGGUUCAAUUUCACAGGAUGGAGUCCCUGAACAUCGUGGAACCGAUACCUUUAGUAGUCAGGUGGAACCGAUGAUAUCUGAGAACUCUGACGUUAAUGCACCGCAUUGUCAUGUGUGCCUUCAGAACAACCCAGCCCCUGAACUUUAUUGUGACAUUUGUGGGUUUUUGAUGCACAGUCAUUGUUCUCCUUGGGAUGAGUUGUCAUCUUCAGAAGACAGCAGCUGGAAGUGUGGCCGAUGCCGAGAAUGGCGCUAGUUUUGAGAUUGUCUUCUGUAUCUGUUGGUUGAAAUCUUCGGAGGCAAAGUGAGCCCCUGGUUACAUUUUUUUAUUAUCAGACCGGUCAUUGAGAUUGUACAUUGAUGGAGGAAUCAAAGUCCCAAUGUCCCAUAGCUGUGGUUUCUCGAGGCCAAGAAGCUUCUGCCGAUUUUGCAGUGGCUUUCCUCCGAUUGGAUCAGUGUGGCUCUUUUCGACAUCAAAAAGUAGACCAUUCCAAUCCUUCGGCCCGGAUGGUUGGUUUGGUGAGAGAUGCAUUGAAGAGCAAGUUUUGGAUGGAUUGUUUUCCACAUCAAUUCUAGAGAAAAAGAGGGGUUUUUUUUUAUAAGGUUUCUGAUAUUUACGUAGAUCUUGACAGAUAAGCAAAAGCUUUUUUUUAUUGUGCUUAUCUGAUUGGCAUUAUUUUUGUAUAAAAUCAAAGUCAAAAGUAUUGUCUCAAAAAUUUAAAGAUAAACAAGGAUUUAAGACUUCUUGUCC